GGGAAUAAGGGAAGCAAGCACUGCGGAAAGAAAGAAAGGAAAAGAUGGUCGGAGUCACGGGGAGCGGCCCCCUCCGGGGGGCCCAGGGUCCGGUCCGAGCCGUGCCGAGGAUGUCGGCGCCGAGGGAUGCCCGCGGCGCGCUGCCGGCUGCCCCAACUGGGGCCUCCUCGGCGCCGCCGCCGCCCGCCCCCUCGCACCCGCGCCCGGGGCGGCCACACAAAGGGGACGGCGAGGCGCGCCGGGCGCUGGAGGGGCCCCGGGCCCGGGACGAGGUGGCCGGACCGCUACGCCCGCCGCGCCCCCGCCUUUGUCUGCCUGGCUCUGCGCCCCCCGCCGAGGAGCCCCACCGACCGCGGCGCCCUCACCCUUCUCGUUACCCGGGUGAGUAGCGGUCUCAUCUGCUCGCCGGCCCCAUCCGCCUCCAUGGCCCGCUGGCCACCCCGCGGCGGCCGCUACGGUGCUGCCCCGCGCGGUCCGCCCGCCGCCGCCGCCGCCGCCGAGACCCGGUCGCGCGAGGGGAAACGAGCGUGCGUCCGUGCGCGAGGCACGGGCGCGCGUGGGGGAGCCGGGCACGCGGGGCGCGGGGCGCGCGUGUGCGCGCGGCGGCCGCGGGGCUGGCUCUCGCAGGGCAGCGAGGCCGCGGUGUGGAACGUGGAGGCGAGAACUGAGAGAGCGGGAGAACGGGGCGGGGGAGGAGGAGGGAGCCGCGUAGGAGCUCGGGGCGGGGCCGCAGGCCAUGACGCGCGCGGCGCCCGGCCCCCGCCCCGACACGCCCCUCGUCACGCCUCCUCGCACCACGCCCCCUGCCAGUUUGGCACCGCCAGUCUCCUCAGCGCCCCCGCAGGCCCCGCCGCGGGGCCAGCCGGAGGUGGGGCGGGAGGGAGGCGGGACGGGCAUUUGUCCCAGCCAAUCGGCGGCUCCCGGAGUCCCUCGCGCACUCCCCCCCAGCCGCCUCUUCAGGAGGCCCCGCCCCUCUUUGUAAAAUCACGAGGAAGCUGAGGCUCUCAGAGAUGACUGGUUUUAGGUCCCAGUUCGUGGAACUGCUCUUUCUAUUGCACUAUUCAUUCUAAUGCUUCAGUAAAGAAAGUUGAACAAGGAAAUAAGGAAAAAAAAGGAAAAGAUGAAACAAGAUGAAAGGGAAAGAAUACGGAGAAAGAGGGGAAUUGGAAUAAAAUUUUUAAAAUGCUUCCUAAA